AUGGACAAAAGGGACCUGCUGCGCCUCUGUCGUGUCAUUGAGACUCGUCGUUGUAAUCGUGCUGGUGACGAAGCAGCAAAAGUCGCUGCCGAUGAUGCAACAGCAACAGCAACAGUAACAGGAGAAGAAGCCUCAGCUCGUCAAGAACCUGUGGGCCUUGGGCAGCAAGCGAAGCAGCAAAUCAGCAGCAGCAACACCGGCCGCGCCAGCACCAGCAGCAGCACGAAAGAAGAGGAGACGGAGAUGGAGGCGCUGCAGCACCUGCUGCCUCAUGUGGAGUGCCAGAUAGCAACCAUGCCACUUAGGUCAGCGUUGGAGGUGUUAAAGGCAACAAGACGGCACAUGCGAGUUGUUGCUGCUGUUGUGCUGAUGCUGCGGGGCUCUGCUGCUGCUGCUGCUCCACCUGCUGAUCUUGUUACUGCAGCAAAGGAGCUGGCUGCAGCAGGAGUGGACGAUACAAAAGCCUUCGGAGCAACUCUUGAGGACCUCGCCAAGCUGUUGCUCGGCUGUCUCCGUCUGCAACGAGUCCCGCAGUCACUGCGCUCUGCUGCAGCUGUGAGGCUGAAUGCGCUUGCCCACACAGCGCAGCAGGAGCAGCAACAAGAGCAGCAGCUGGCGCAGCAGCACGAAUUCCAGCAGCAACAGCAGCAGCGGCUGCAUAAAGAGAUUGGAGACGUUUUGCCUGCUGUUGCUGCUGACCUCAUUACAGCAGCAGCACUCCUUAAGCUUUCGCUACCCAAGGGGACUAUGCAUUUGCUGCUGCUGCGGGCCUCCCCACAGCAGCUCGAGAUGAAGAAGCUGCCGCUGCUGUUGGGGGCAAUCAUGCAGCAGCCGUGGAAAGAAGAUUUACUGCCAAUAAGUUUUCUGCUACAGUGUGCAAAUGUUACAUCCUCAAGAAUUGCUCCUGUCGUGCUGCACCUGAUGCAGCAGCAGCCGAAACAGCAGCAACAACAGCAACAACAGCAACAGCAACAGCAGCAGCACCAGCACCAGAAGAUUCCACUCAUCGACCCCGCAUUAGAGGCAGCAAGACUGGAGCCAACGAGCUGUUGCACUCUCCUGCAUGCAUUCGCAUCAGCAGCAACAGUAGCAAAAUCUGCAGGAGAAGAAUUGUUGUCUCCGCUGAUCUCUGUUCAGCGGCUGCUGCUAGCAUUAUAUGUGCUGCAGCAACAGCAGCAGCAACAGCAGCAGCAGCAGGUGUAUCGCCAGUCGCUGGUGGAAUACCUCAAGUCCCAGGAGCUAGCAGCAGCAUUUCUUGGUCUUCGGGGGAACGCAGCAGCAGCAACAUAUGCUGGUACAGACUCUGCAUCUGCAACACCAGCAGCCGCAGCAGCGGCUGUUGCUUCCUCAGCAUCAGCAGCCUCUGUUGCUGCUUCAGCAGCAGCAGCAGCAGCAUCCCCUCUUGCUGAAGCUAGGCUAGAUAUUCCCUUUAGGGCAUCUGUGGAUAAGGGGACGAGCAUAGAAGAUUUAAGCAACGGACUCCUGCUGCUGCGAGACAGUUUGGUUCGUGCUGCUGCUGCUGUCCCAGCGACUUUAGCUGCAGCAAAGACAGAUCGAGCAGCAGCAACAGCAACUGCAGCAUUUGCUGCUGUGGACGCUGUCUUGGAGGCAAGUGGAGACAUGUGGCGUCGCGCCGCUAAUGCGGAGACCCUGCGCCGAGUCAUUGAGGGCCUUGCAACACAACAGCAGCAGAAGCAACAGCAACUGCAGCAAACGCAGCAGCAGCAACAGCCGGGCUUCUCUUUGCGGCAGCUUAUGUCGCUUGCCUACUCCGUGGGGUGUACCUCUCUGCUCGCUUCUCCUGACAGCGGUCUACAUGUUCCUCCCUUCUUUUGCUGCCUUGAUGGUGGCGAGGUUCCUGGUGCAGCAGCAAUAGCAUCUCCAGCAUCAGCAGCAAAUGCAGCUGCAGCGAAACUUCAGAGCGAUGCUCUUAAAGCCAUCGCUGUGGCAUUACAGCAGAAGCUGCAGCAGCAGCAGCAGCAGAUGCUGCCGUCUCCGAAGACUACUUCCGAAGCUCUGCAGCAAUAUGUGGGGGCGCACAUUUGUCCCUUUGUGGUGGCAGCUGCUGCAGAGGUUGCAUGCAAAGUAGCGUAUUGUUACAUUCCUCCCUCCUGUCUCCGUUUAGCAGAAGCAUCAGCAGCAGCGGAUAAAGAGACAGCUGCAGAAGCAGACAAACUGCCAGUAGAGAAAGAUUCCCUUGGCCUCUAUUGGAUAGGAGGGCAGCAGCAGCAUCUGCUGCAAGGCGACAUCUACGGCCUAUUUGCUGCAUUACGCGUGCAAGGAUUGCUGCUGCUGCUGCUGCCUUUUAAUCUAUGGGAGAUUUCUUCUCCUUCUAAGAGAGCAGAGGCUAUCUUAAGGGCACGUACUCUUGCAUUAAAAGCGAAAACGUAG